ACGUCACAUAAUUGUAAAUAAAACAAUUUUGUUUAUGUUUGCACACUAAGAAAUCAAAGUAAUUCAAACAAUUUUGUUUAAAUUGAUUGGAUUUAAUCAAUUGGAUAAAUAAGGUCUGCAAAAUGCCUAUGCUGUGCCGCACCUGCGGCCAGGGGGCAGAGUAUUCAAGGGACCUGUUUGACCAGGAAUCCACAGACAUUCUGGGCAACAUACUAAAACUGACGGGGAUUCUGUUAACUAACGAGAAUGGCGUGCCCACGCGUAUCUGUGUGUCCUGCCUGCUGGACCUUAAGGAAGCCAUUGCCUUUCGGGAGCGCUGCAUCACGACAAACAACUUGUGGUUCGAGGAGCAGAACGAUCUUGAGGAAUUAGACGCUGCGAACAUGGAGGCGGAGCUGGAAAUACCACAGGACAUCAACGAAGAGGACGGCAUAACUUCUGAUACAACAGAUGAGGUGAUAUAUCCCUUAGGUACACAGGACGCCAUUCCUGCGGAGGAGGACUUGGAUCCCUUGAUGAGUAAAGAAACUAUCAAGGUAGAGAACGAAUCCCUACAUUCAGACGCUGAGCCCUGCGGAAAUGAUACCCAGGAACUCGAAGAAACUCCACCACCACCGGCAACUCGUAAAAAGCGAGGCAGACCACCCAAAAUGCAUAAAAAAAAAGAUACACCUGAAAUGAAAGCGGCUAGGAGUAAGAGGAGAAGGAUUAGGGCAAUGGCGAAGGGUCUGUACUUUUGUGACCAGUGCGGGAAAUCCUUCAACGACAGUAGCAACUUUAAUACCCACCUGACCCGACACACGGGUGUGAAGAAGUUCGAGUGCGAGGAGUGCGGCCGCAAGGAGUUCACGCAGCACCUUCUCAAUCUACACGUGCGGAUCAAGCACCGCGGCGAACUCCCGUAUGUGUGCAAGUACUGUGGCCAGCGGUUCGGCAACUGCAACUAUAGGUUGAAGCAUGAGCGUGAUCAUAAUCCAGGACCCCGGAAAUACAAGUGUCCUAUCUGCGAUAAGGGAUUUAAGGACAGUAAAACUCUAAAAGAUCACGGCCUGGUCCACUCUGGUGAACACCCAUUCCACUGCAAGCUUUGCCAGACGCACUUUGGUAAGAAAACAAGCCUGAAAACUCAUCUGCGUUCGAUAGGGCAUAGGAAAAGGGCCGAGGAGCAACAGAAAAAUCCUGAGGACGAAGAUUUGUAUACAAUGCCUAAACCCUCUAGCACUCGUGGCCCUGGAAACCAUUCCGUAUAUCACACAAAAAUAGUUUAGGUUGUAUAGUUACGUUACUCUAAAAAGCCUAAUAUUAAAUUAUCAAUUGCUAACGUUAAAAA